AAAUUCGUGUGCUUAUGUUAGCCUGAGUGUUAAGUUUUUUUCUUCUCUUUGCUAUUCUAUUGUUUUAUAUUUAAUUAUUUGUUUGUGUGUAAUGCCCAAGAAACACAACGAGAAAUGCGAGGAGGCGGCAGAUCUUACCGCAAGCUUGGCGAAGCUGCAUAUUCAGAAGCGACAGGAUUACUUACAUUGGGAUGACUACUUCAUGGCCACGGCCUUACUUUCGUCGAGGCGUAGUAAAGAUCCCUCCACGCAGGUUGGCGCAUGCAUUGUGGACAAGCACAAGCGCAUUGUAGCAAUUGGUUACAAUGGAUUCCCAAGAGACUGUAGCGAUGAUGUUUUUCCCUGGUCGAAAGACAAUAGUAAUCCCUUGGAAAACAAGAAUAUGUAUGUGGUGCACGCGGAAGCCAACGCUAUACUCAAUAGCAAUAGCACUAGUCUGGAUGGUACUCGCCUCUACACGACUCUUUUCCCCUGCAACGAGUGCACAAAAUUAAUCAUACAAUCGGGUAUCCGAGAAAUAUACUACAUAUCUGACAAGUACGCGGAAAAGCCUAUCUAUCGAGCCUCCAAGCGGAUGCUCGAUGCAGUUGGCAUCGUCUACCAGCGACACGUUCCUACGCAAAAGCAGAUUAUUAUCAACUUUGACGACACCCUCGAGGAAAGCAAAUAAGACAUUGAAAUUCUAUACCAGUUAAUCCAGGCAAAAGGCAAAAGCUUGCAGUUAAGUUGAAAAAUAUAAUAAACCUGGUUUUAAAAUGUAUAU